AUGCGUCGGUUCUGCGCGAGGGCACUCUGGGACGCAAGCGCAGAGCAUGUGGUUCCCACAAUCGCUGUCGUGGGAUCGCUUGUCAUUGGCCUCACGCUGUCCGCGCGUGCGCCCCCGGCAACCCUGCGCCGCGUCGGCGCCGCCGUGCGCAUGGAGGCGGCCCCGACGGAGGAGGCGCCGAAGGAGGAGGCUGUCAAGCCCAAGCCAGCGCCCGCGCCCAAGCCUUCGGGCCCCGACUUCAGCAAGAUGGACGACCCGUGGGGCAAGCGGACGGUCGCGGUCACGCACGACAACAGCCGCUAG